AUGGACAAGGACAUUGAGAUCAGAAAAGAGCCUGCGGGCCUCAUUGCCACCGCGUCUAUUGACGACAUCAACGCCGAAGCACGCACAGCCACCGACGAAGAACAUGGGCAUUCUUUUUGGGAGGCCGUGAGGCUGUACCCCGCAGCUGUCGGCUGGUCUCUCUUCUUCUCGCUGGGUGUUAUCAUGUGUGCCUUUGAUCCACAACUUCUGGGUCAAUUGUAUGCGACGCCAGCAUUUCAGCGUGACUUCGGUUAUCUCUACAACGGAAGCUAUAUUGUCUCAGCUCCAUGGCAGACCGGUCUGAGCAUGGGCUCGCCCAUCGGUCAAGUCGUUGGCGCCUUUUUCGCGGCCUACCCGAUGGAGUGGUUCGGCCGGAAAAAGACCUUUGGAGCAUGUGUUAUCCUCACCACCGGUUUUGUCUUUAUCCAGUUUUUUGCGAGAUCGCUUCCUGUCCUUCUCGUUGGUGAAUUGCUCGGGGGGCUGGUCCUGGGAAGCUACGCCGUGAUCGCCCCGGCGUACGCCUCAGAGGUGUGCCCUUUGGCCCUGAGAGGUGUCUUGACAUCCUGUACGAACAUCUGCUUCGUGACCGGCCAGCUGAUCGCAAAUGGUGUCAUUGCUGGAACCCAUGUACUUGACAGCCACUGGGCUUACAGUGCGCCCUUUGCCAUCCAGUGGCUCUGGCCACUGGUGAUUCUGAUUGGUCUGCCGUUUGCUCCUGAAAGCCCAUGGUGGCUGCAAAGACAAGGACGGUUCGAGGAUGCCGAAAAGGCUCUCAAGCGACUGGCUUCGCCAAAGGUCGAUGUGCGACCUACACUGGCCAUGAUUAUGGAGACGGAUCGAUUGGAAAGGGAAAUUGAGGCGGGCUCCACUUAUCGGGAUUGUUUCAAAAAGAUCAACAUCCGCCGAACAGAGGUUGCCGUUGGGGUUUACACCAUCCAAGUCCUUUCGGGGAUCUACCUUGUCGGCUAUGCCACUUACUUCUUCACCCUUGCUGGCCUACCCUCCGACCAAGCAUUCAACAUGGGCGUUGGCUUCCUUGCGAUCGGCUUCGUGGGCACUUGUCUCUCCUGGAUACUGCUGAUCUACUUUGGCCGGCGCACCAUCUACAACACGGGCCUGGCGCUCCUCGCCGUCCUCCAGAUCAUCAUCGGCAUCCUCGACUGCGCCCCCAACUACGACAACAGGCCCUCCAUCUCGUGGGCUCAGAGCGUCCUGAUGUUGAUCUGGAACUUCAUCUACGACCUGUCCAUCGGCCCCGUGUGCUUCGUCCUGCUAUGCGAAGUGUCGGCCACUCGUGUCCGCGGGAAGACCAUAGCCAUCGCCACCGCGGUCCAGGCCACGGCCGGUAUCGUCAUGACCGUCGCCAUUCCCUACAUGAUCAACCCCGACCAGGCGGACAUGCGUGGAAAGCUUGGCUUCUUCUUUGGCGGACUAGCCCUGUUGUGCCUGACUUGGUCAUACUUUCGAGUUCCUGAAUUGAAAGGGAGAACGUACCAAGAAGUCGACAUUAUGUUCGAGCGCAACCUCAAGACCAGGGACUUCAAGCACUACGUGGUCACGGGUUGA